GUGGUGUCUGCAGGAUAGAGCAGGGUGGGUUAUACGUUGGCAGGUCUGGCACCGAUGAGCUGGAGAAAGAGGAGCGAGCGCGCGGUAUGCGGGGCACAGGGUGCUCCACGGAUAGAUAUACUGACCUGACGCGCAGCUCCUGCGGUUGCGGGAAGUGGUAACGGAACCUGUGGUCUGUGGUUUGAACUUUCGCCAUCAUGGACUUUCCAGGCAUUACAAGGAGGGCGUCUGCACGGGGGGGAUUCCUAUCCAAGUACACGCAUCAUCACUUGGUGGUUUUCCUACUGACCUUCUUCAGCUAUGCGCUGCUGCACGCCUCUAGAAAGUCCUUCAGUAACGUGAAGGUCAGCAUAUCAAACCAAUGGACACCGUCCAGAUUUAAUACCUCAGUCUUUAUUUUGGAGCCAAACAAGACGUGGAAUAAUAACCCCCUUUUCCCUGAUACUGACUCCGCUACACUCUUCCUGGGGCUACUGGACACUAUUUUCCUCUUCUCCUAUGCGGUGGGUCUGUUUAUUAGUGGAAUUAUAGGGGAUCGGCUGAACAUGAGAUGGGUGCUCACAUUUGGGAUGUGCUCGUCUGCCACAGUGAUGUUUGUGUUUGGAACGGUCACGGAGUGGCUGCACUUCUACAACAAGGUCUUCUACUGCCUGCUCUGGAUAGUGAACGGGCUGCUGCAGUCUACAGGCUGGCCCUGUGUUGUAGCAGUCAUGGGGAACUGGUUCGGUAAGGCUGGACGAGGUUUUGUCUUCGGGCUCUGGAGCGCUUGUGCAUCUGUGGGAAAUAUUCUAGGGGCCUUCCUUGCAUCCUCAGUACUGAAGUAUGGGUAUGAGUAUGCGUUUCUGGUGACCGCUGCUGUGCAGUUUGCUGGAGGGCUCAUUAUCUUUUUUGGCCUGGUCACCUCUCCCAAAGAAUUGGAUUUGGGUACAUGGAGGAGGAAUGGGAUAUUUCUGAGGGAAGAGGAGUUGAGAGGAGAAGAACUGCUAAGAAAGAAAUUGGGAUAUGCAGAUCCCCCUGAUCCUUCUGAUCCUCCUGAGUGCUGCCUCCCAGAAACCUGUGAGAACGAGGCUGAUGCGGGAAGCUCAGAUGAAGACGCAAAUAGGCCGUUAAUCAACGAAGACAAUGAAGUGGAGGAUGAAAGGAAUUAUUCAGUGCAGGCUGCAGAUGGCGCCAGCCCCCCUGAAGCAAUCGGGUUCCUGCAGGCUUGCUGCUUGCCUGGUGUGCUGCUGUACUCUCUGGCUUACGCCUGUCUCAAGCUGGUGAACUACUCUUUCUUUUUCUGGCUUCCCUUCUACUUGAGCAUCAACUUUAAAUGGAAAGAAGCAGAGGCCGACCAGCUUUCUAUCUGGUACGAUAUCGGAGGAAUCAUAGGUGGCACUGUGCAGGGGUUAAUCUCGGACAUGCUGCAGAAGAGAUCGCCUGUGCUGUUGGUGAGCCUGUUACUGGCUAUCGUUUCCUUGUUUGGAUACAGCAGAUCUCCAAAUAACAAGGUAAUCAAUGCUGUCCUGAUGGCAAUCACUGGAUUUUUCAUUGGCGGCCCCUCCAACAUGAUCAGCUCGGCCAUCUCUGCAGAUUUGGGGCGACAAGAGAUGGUGAGAGGCAGCAGCGAGGCACUGGCCACAGUUACUGGCAUUGUGGAUGGCACCGGAAGUGUUGGAGCAGCAAUUGGCCAGUUUCUGGUUUCAGUGAUCCAGAGAGACCUGGGCUGGAUGUGGGUGUUUUAUUUCUUCAUUCUUAUGACCAGCCUGACGAUCGUGUUUAUCAUUCCGCUUAUCGUGCGGGAGAUGAGGUCGGUCAGAUGGGGAAGGAGGUCCUCUCGAUUCACAGGAUGACCUUAGUUUGAGCAUAAACUCAGGAAAAACGGAUGAAAUUUACAGGAGGAAAUUGCAAGCAACGGAUCUACUGGGAUUAUUUUACCAUUUAGCAAAAUAAUUCUCAUCCCUCAAUGGUACAGCCUUACAAGACCCUGUAAAUGCAUUUUUAGCAUUUUUUUGCACCACAGAAAACCUGCAAAAUUUGAGAACUGACAUAAUUCUGCUUUAUUUUAUUGUUCAACUACAAAUCUACAUUUUUUUUUUCUUCAUGUACCUAGAAAAGCCUACUGAUUGUUUUUUUUAAAUGCAUACUGGUAUUCAUUUUAUAAUUUCACGUACCUUUUAAAGUCAAAUGGAAACUAUCUACUUUUAAGUCACUUUGAUAGAUCUUGUGUCCAAGCACCGCUGUUUCAUAGCAUUAGGAUUUUUAUUCACCAUUGCUGAAGAUGCCCACUGCCUGGCCCUUGAAUUGGCACAGAAACAAAGCGUCAAUUGCAAAGUCAGAUAAUUACACACCUGCCGAUGUAUUCAAAUUCCGUCCUAGCAUAAAAAUGGAACGUACUAGACAAGAAGCAAUCUGAGACCUCACACUUGAUUGAUCCAUUAAACAAAUCUGAUCUGGUACAGGAAAUGGGUUUUUUUAGUCAUGACAUUUUGGAUGUGAAAUUAUGAAAAUAAAUUUUGCUUCAUGCAUAACCAUCUUGUCAGUAAAAAAUAAAAUAAAAAUUCCAACCUUCGCCAGGAUAAAUCAUGGGCAACUCAAUUUGUCUAUGUGCCUUCAGUGACCACUAAACUUCAUUCAAAUGCUGAGAAACAGACUUGUUACCGUAGAAGUUAUAUACGUGUCUGAUGGAGCAACGUGUAAAAAACUAAAUGGCUGACUUGUCUCUCUUGAAGAGAUAUUAAGGAUACAGAUGUUUCUCACAGCAUUGGUGCGAUUCCCUGGCUAAAUACAGUAAAUCUAACAUAAAAUGUGGCUGCUAAGGAGAGGCUUGAUUAAAUAUGGGUGCCUAAGACUUUAUUAAUAGGACUCACAAUGCAGAACUAUAGAUGUAAGGAAUAUAAAUUUGUAAAUUACUGCUGUAUAAUUGUGUUAUCAUUUUCAAAGCAACCCAAAAGGGCAGAAAUGUUUUCUUCCGUUACCUUUGUUCCUUAUUACGGUUCUUGCAUAAUUAUUUCAUUUGUAAAUAUUUUAGACUUUAUUGUAAUUGGGUGACUCAAGCUCACUGUAA